AUGGCGCGCAAACAGAAGCAAAAGAGAGGCCCGAAGGCUCAGAAAGCCGAAACCAAGAACAAUAACAACCCUCAAAAAGUGAGCUUCCAGCCACACCCUCCUGCAAAUGCAGGCAACAAAUAUGGACCGAAGGCCAACAGCCAUGCUCGCGUACCUGCUGCCCCUAAAGCGAAAGACAUCAAAAGUACGACCGUUCCACAAUUCCUGAACUCCAAGAACAGCCAGACCCCGUCCUCUCCGGACGCCAACAGGAAACAGGAGACCGACAUGCGCAUAGAGCGUUCUUUGACUACCAACCAUACUACGGGUGCAGCCCUUCAACAGCACAGUCCGACAGUGUUGACCCCCAAGACUGGUGCUUCUUGUUCUGCCCCGACCAAGAAAGCCUCAUUCUUGCUUCUCCCACCAGAGAUUCGUUGGCAGAUUUACCAGGAGCUAUUCCAUACACAUCGUGUCGAGAUCGUCCGCCGCAGAGACAGAAAGAAAAAGGUCGAGCCCCGGAAACCUGCCCCCUACCGUCUCGGCUAUCGUCAGUUGGCACCUCGUGCUGCACAAUCUCAACUCAUCAACAGAGAAAUGAGACCCUAUCCUCGUCCUCUAUUCACUCCUCCAUUCUUUCCUCCAUUCUCUCCUCGUACGCCACUCCCUACGGCUCUUAUCUUCACCUGCAGAUUGACAUACUGCGAGACAAUCCGUCUUUUCUACUCCAACAUGCAAUUUGUCUUUAGGAGCAUCAAAGCUGCUACUCGAUUCAUGAAGACAACGAGUAAAGACGCCCAGUCCGCCAUCAAGCAUGUGGAGCUCGUCCACAGCAUGUACAACGAGCCACGGCUGACUGAAUUCCGCGAGUACAAGUUCCGCAGCGACAAGGCCUGGUUUCUUGUCUGUGACGCGAUGUCCCAGAGUUUCGAGGACCUGCGUGUUCUGCAUGUCCACCUGGCGGUGCACGACUGGCCCAUUGAGCUGGAAGUCGGAGAGAGCUGGUCCUUCCCCCUGUUGGUCUUUGGCGAACACAAACCUCUGCUGGACUUUGCUAAGAUCAACUUGCAGAUGCUCAGGUUUGACAAAAACAAACUGGACUUUGUUUCGCGCAGUAUCGAAGAAAGACUUAUGAAGCCGGAGGCUUUCCAGAUCAGAGAAGACGCAAAACUGGCCAGGCAGCUGAGGGGCCCCCUCAAAGCGAGGAGGAUCUUGAGAAUCGGUUUUUAG